UCUCCCAAACUUGAACCCCACGGUAGCGGACACCGCCGUUUCCUAUAAAAUUCCGCCGCCACCACGCCGAAUCCUCAUUCUCCUGCGAACGGGCGGAUUCAUUCCCGACGGAUCCAGUACAGGGUGCGGAGUGCGGCUUGCCGGCGACGACAAUGUCGGGGCGGUCGAGCCGGAUCGCGGUGGUGGCGGAGGACCGAUGCCGGCCCAGCAAGUGCGGCCAGCAGUGCCGCAAGCGCUGCCCCGUCAACGCCACCGGGCGCCACUGCAUAGAAGUUACUCCAUCAUCUAAAGUCUCUCUAAUUUCAGAGGAUCUAUGCAUUGGGUGCGCCAUUUGUGUAAAGGUAUGCCCGUUUAAUGCUAUCCAAAUUAUUAACUUGCCAAGUAGUCUUGAAAAGGAGACGACACAUCGCUAUGGACCAAAUUCCUUCAAGCUUCACAGGCUUCCUGUUCCAAGACCUGGGCAAGUUUUGGGCUUAGUAGGGACAAAUGGUAUUGGGAAAUCAACUGCACUUCAAAUAUUGGCUGGGAUUUUUAAACCCAACUUGGGUAAAUUCACAGUCACCCCAAGUGCGGAUGAAAUUUUGAGGUAUUUCCGUGGAUCCCAACUUCAGAAAUACUUCACUCGUCUAAUGGAAGACAAAAUGAAGGCAACUAUUAAACCUCAGUAUAUUGAUAAUAUUCGAAAAUCUGUUAAAGGGAAGGUUGGGGACUAUCUUAGUAAGGAAGACCAGAGACAAGUGAAGGAUACAUUAUGUGAUGUUCUUGAAUUGAAUCAAAUUCUGGACAGAGAUGUCUCAGAUCUAUCCGGCGGUGAGCUUCAGAGAUUUGCAAUUGCUGCUCGUGCUAUGAAGGAAGCAGAUGUUUAUAUAUUUGAUGAGCCAUCCUGCUAUCUUGAUGUCAAACAAAGGCUGAAAGCUGCACAAGUUAUUCGUUCCUUGCUACAACCCAAAAACUAUAUAAUUGUUGUGGAGCAUGAUCUUAGCAUUCUUGACUACUUAUCAGACUACAUAUGUUGUCUUUAUGGAACUCCAGGAGCAUAUGGUGUUGUUACUUUACCCUCUUCAGUCAGAGACGGAAUUAACCAUUUCCUAAAUGGCUUUAUCCCAACAGAAAAUUUACGUUUCCGUGAGGAGAAACUUACAUUUAGAGUCACCGAGUCUACGGAGCUGAUCAUAGAGGGACAGACUUACCAAUACUAUAAGUAUCCUCCCAUGGUGAAAACAGUUCGUGGUUUCAAGCUCUCAGUAACGGAAGGCAGCUUUAAUGAUUCCCAGAUAAUUGUCAUGCUUGGUGAGAAUGGUACCGGGAAGACAACAUUUAUUCGUAUGCUGGCAGGGGAAGUGAAACCAGACAAAGUUAGUGAUGAGCAAGUUGGUAUGCCUGCAUAUACUGUCUCAUACAAGCGUCAGGAAUUGGUCUCUAAAUAUAGCUCUACAGUGAGGGACCUUCUAGAGGAGAAAAUACCUGGAUCAUUCACACAAGCUCAGUUCAAAUCCGAUGUCAUGAAACCACUGAAAAUUGAGGAACUCAUGGACAGGCAGGUUGAAAAUCUUUCUGGUGGAGAGCUGCAAAGGGUCAAACUCUGUGUUUGUCUCGGAAAGCCUGCUGAUAUUUACCUCAUAGAUGAACCAAGUGCUCACCUUGAUUCAGAACAACGCCUUCUUGCAGCAAAGGUGAUAAAAAGGUUUAUCCUUCACCAAAAGAAAACGGCUUUCAUCGUCGAGCAUGAUUUCAUUAUGGCAGCCUACCUUGCUGACAAGGUACUCGUAUUUGAGGGAAAACCUUCAGUUGAUUGUACUGCAAAUGCACCGGAAUCCCUGGCUUCUGGAAUGAACCGUUUUCUGUCACAUCUUGAUGUCACGUUUAGGACGGAUCCGACAACCUACAGGCCACGGAUUAACAAGCUGGGUUCGAUGAAGGACACUGAGCAGAAAGCUGCGGGAUGCUAUUACUACCUUGAGUAUUAAUAAUGCUUUCGCGAAGGGCACCUCUACUCUGCAGAAUGCUGCCUGUCUACCGACGCAUACAUACGCCUCUGCCAGUGCUCACGGCAUCCGUCGGACUGCUUUGGCACCUGCCGGACAUGGCUGGCUCGGCAAUACAGGGAAAAGAACAUUAUGAGAUUGCAACUGAAAAGCAGGGAGUACUAUGGCUUGGAAGGUUAUAUCGAUGAAAUUUGGGACCAAUCGGUUGAGAUUUCUCCAUGGAUGAUAUUGGUUUAAACAAGAGAUUGCAUCAGGAUCUAUCGCUUGGUGGACCUUAAUAAACGAGAUGGUACAGCCUGAAGCUGUACCAGAGUCUCGUGGAACUUCGUACCAAAUUGAAUCAACUAUCUGGACAGUUUAGUAGCAUGCAUGUGUGUCUUGUGAUUUUAAAAAACUCUAUCGUUCGUUGUGAUUUCUGGGGUUGUGCUUGCUUGACCUUCAGUCAUCGAGUGAUUGUCAUACAGGUUUUGUUUCUCU